AUGGCUAGCCCCGUGGAGCACAAGCUCCCCCAGCGAACCGGUACCGUUAGCAGCAGCUUCACCCGCCGUACAUCCUUUAGUGAUGAUGAGGCCAUUCCGGAUACCGAUAGCAGUGAGACUAGCAACCUCUUAAUCGAGCGUCUUCGUGCAUGGAAGCACAUGUGUGGAAACCUUGAGGACUAUGUCUCGACCACUGCCAAGUUGUCCAAGUCUCAGUCGAAGGACCAUGAGAAGAUUCUCAAGACUGUCAGUGAGCCAUUGAAGGAGGCCCAUCAUUUCAGUCAGUCCGAGGGCGGCAUGGCUGGUCUCUUCAAUAACAUGCGCACCAACGCUCAGGGCAUGGUCAACAUGUAUCUUGAAACUGAGAAUAACCUGAAAGCCACCGUGCUCCCUACUCUCGAACGUCUCCACAAAGAAAUUAAGAACAAGUCGAAGGAGCUCAAGUCAGGAGCAGCCAAGGGAGCUAAGGCCGUUGAGAAGGCUCGCAAUGUGACCCAGAAGCACAUCGAGCUUUUGGGCCAGCACUCUGCUUCACACGAUUCUGCCAUGGGCAGCAAGAUUGAGCAAGCACACGACCCCUACAUCCUUAAGCGCCAAAUCAACCACCGCCUCAACAAGCAGGUGACUGAGGAGAACAACCACCGACAGGAUAUCCUCACAGUGCAGAACUCCUUCCAGCAAUUUGAGGCUUACAUCCUGCAAACCGUCCAGGCUGCUCUAGAACAAUUCCACCAAAUUAUGGGUGGUCAGCUGGACCGCCAGCGCGCUAUGUACGCCGACGUGCUUGGCGCCGCCCAGCGCAUCCCGCCAGACUUCGAAUGGAUCAACUUCUGUGUAAGCAACGACGCCAAGCUCGUGAACCCAGACUCCCCACCCCGCGAGUUCGCCAACAUCACUUUUCCCAACCAAAACCAUCGCGCAACCAAGCCUCUUCUCGAGGGUACGCUCGAGCGCCGCUCUCGAGCCGUCAUUAAGGGAUACAGCUCAGGCUACUAUGUCAUCACACCCGCGCGCUACCUGCACGAGUUCAAGGACAACGAUGACUUCCGCCGUGACCCCUCCCCAGAGCUGUCACUAUACCUACCCGACUGCACUAUCGCCUCGAUCGACGGUGUCAAGUUCAGCGUUAAGGGCAAGGAUAUCUCCAGCAAUGUGGUUGGCAAUGCCUUCCAUGCUACCACCGAGCUUAACUUCAAGGCUUCCACCGCUAGCCAAGCUGAGCAAUGGUGGUCCCUUAUCAAGGAAUCUACAAACGGUGCUGCUGCCGUUGCUGCUACUGGCGCUGCUGCUACUCUGGCUUCCCCCGUCUCGCCUACUAACGGCCCUACUAGCCCUGUUGGCAGCAUCUCGGGAAAGACUAACCAGCCUCCUACAUACGCUGAGAAGGAUGCCCAGUCGCCUGCUGGUACCCCUACAGAGGUUAAGACCCCUGGUUCCGUGAAGCCUAUCAGCCGCACCGCUAGCUCAGGAAGCAGCUACUUCGCAGCAAAUGGCACUGCUGCGGGAGAGAAGACCGAGAAGUCGUAA